CGGGCUCAGUUUCAUUUUAGAUUUCGUGGAGUGCAGAUGGGUUAAAUAGUUAGUGGAGUAUUAAUCGUUCGAUUGUGUGACGGUGCCUAGGCGCUGAGUGGAGGUUCUGACAAAAUAAAAGUUUUUAACGGGAGUCAAGAGAGUUUAUCAGUUUCAUUGCACAAUAGAGCUCCCUUUAUCCGAUUGUGUGCUAGUAAUCCCAGUGUUCCCGAGCAGCUGUCGUGGGUUGAGUGAAAGGCAAAUGUGAGCUGAUGAAUUUAAUUUCAAAAAUUGUGCAAAAUUUGUGUUUCUCCAAGUGGCAAGAAAGGAAAAGUUUGGGUGCCUAGAUCGGUGUCCCGGUUUUUGUUUUAUCCCAAGGCCAGGCGUGAGCUUCAAAAUGCGUGGCUCUCAUAGAACGUACAUUUACGCCGCAGUGCUGACAUUAGGAAUGCUAAACAUGUCACUGGCACAACAACAGAGCACUUCGUGGAGCAACACCGGUGGAGGAGGAGGUGCUUUAUCGACGGCACACGACGCCGGUGGAGGCGGUGGCGGUGGCGGACAGUGCAUCUGGUACGGUGUCUGCAACAGUGACAGUCCGCUGACUUCCCAGUAUUGCAACUACAGUGGUCCGGCGAAACCGGCCGAGAACAAAACGCUAGACCUGUUGAAGGUCUGGUGCAAACAUCUGCUUGUCGAUGAAGAUGGCGAUGGUACCAUCGAAACAUGCUGCGAUGCGGAACAGGUACAAAUCCUGAACAAUAAUGUCAAGCUAGCAGCAAACUUCCUCGCUCGCUGCCCAUCAUGUAUGGCGAACUUGGUCCGGCACAUGUGUGACUUCACCUGUAAUCCGAAACAGUCCACAUUCAUGGAAAUAAAAUCGACAGAAGUAAAUGACGAUACAAAAAAAGAAUACAUUACCGAGAUCGAUCUUCACAUCAAGGAACAUUACAUGAACGGAACAUACGGUUCAUGCAGCCGGGUAUCGGUGCCCUCGACCGGUCAGCUAGCGCUGGAUCUCAUGUGCGGAGAGUGGGGUGCCUCCCGGUGUAGCGCCAAAAAAUGGUUCACCUACAUGGGAACCAAGGAGGGCAACUACUAUGUGCCCUUCCAGAUCAACUACGUCACCCACGAAACACCAGACACCGAAGACAGGUUUCAACCGUUGGAUCCGCGGGUGAUACCUUGCAGUCAGCAGCUGGACGAGAAAACGCCCGCCUGCUCGUGCAUUGACUGCGAGUCGUCUUGUCCGAAGCCACCGCCACCAACGCCACCGGCCCAACCCUUUGUCAUCUACGGCUUCGAUGGGUAUGCCGUUGUGAUGUUCGUCGUGUUCGUGGUGUGCAGUGGUCUCUUCGUCAUUGGCGCAUGUCUGUGCAAAUCCGGUGCGAAUGGAGCCGAACUUCUGGUGCAUGGCGAUACCUUGAAUUCCGACCUGCGCUCUUCCGUGGGUCGUCGUUUGGCCGGUGGACUGUCUAACAGUGGCGAUUUGGGCACCGAUCGCGAAGACUCGCCCCUGCAAUCGAAAAGAUCGAGCGCAACGUGGGAUGGCGAGCAGGAACUGCGACCGCACCCGUCCGACAUUCACGGCGAUGACAAAAUCGAAUCCGGUUACUUCGAGCGACUCGGGGCAAAAACCGAAUCGGCACUGGAGAAAUUCUUCACCGCUUGGGGCACGACAUGCGCCAAACACCCGUGGAUUGUGCUUUUGCUGGGCAUCCUAUUCAUCAUCGCUAUGGGCUGCGGCAUUCUGUUUCUGCAUAUAACCACCAAUCCCGUCGAGCUGUGGGCUUCCCCGAAUUCACGAUCUCGUGUCGAACGGGAGUAUUUCGAUUCACACUUCGAGCCAUUCUACCGGAUCGAACAGAUCAUCAUCAAGGCGGAAAAUCUGUCGAACGUGAUUCACAACACCUCGAACGGGGUGAUCGAGUUCGGGCCGGUGUUCAACAAACAGUUCCUGUUGGAUGUGUUCGAGUUGCAGGAGGCAAUCAAAAAGAUAGAAUCGAAGCUGGACGACAACAGUACUGUUGGAUUGAAGGACAUAUGCUAUGCGCCAUUGAGCUCGGAUUAUCGGGGACCAACCGAAACGGAGGAUUGCGUAGUGCAAUCGCUGUGGGGUUACUUCCAGGACGAUAUGGAAACAUUUGACGCCGAGGAUGAAGAUCCCCAGGGAUACCCGGUUAUUUAUUUGGACAAAUUGAUGCAGUGCUUUGGCAACCCGUAUAAUCCAGAGUGCCUUGCACCGUAUCGCGGACCGGUUGAUCCGGCUAUUGCACUCGGAGGAAUUCCUCAGCCCAAAUCGACGGAAGGAAAGCCGAAGUAUGAACAUGCAAAUGCUGUUAUUCUGACUUUCCUGGUUAAAAAUUAUCAUGACAAAAGCAAACUGACGGCUGCUUUGAGCUGGGAGGAGAGCUACGUGGACUUUAUGAGGAAUUGGACGAAGGCUAACAUGAGUAUUGCGUUCACUUCGGAACGAUCUAUUGAGGAUGAAUUACGGCGAGAAUCUCAAUCGGACGUAUCAACUAUUCUCGUGUCAUACAUUAUCAUGUUCGCAUAUAUUGCUAUCUCACUCGGACACGUGAACCAGUGGAAUAGGGCACUGAUAGACUCCAAAAUAACACUCGGACUAGGUGGAGUCGUGAUCGUUUUGGCCUCUGUCGUGGCUUCUGUUGGUAUCUUUGGUUAUAUUGGAAUACCUGCGACUUUAAUUAUCGUGGAGGUGAUUCCCUUCCUGGUGUUGGCUGUUGGCGUUGACAACAUAUUCAUCUUGGUACAAACGCACCAACGGGACUCUAAGAAACCAACCGAGACCCAUGCGGAACACAUUGGUCGAAUUCUGGGGCGUGUGGGACCAUCAAUUUUGCUGACUGCGGUCAGUGAGAGUUGCUGUUUCUUCCUGGGAGGACUCUCGGAUAUGCCCGCGGUUCGCGCUUUCGCUCUGUAUGCUGGAAUGGCUCUGCUUAUCGAUUUUCUGCUGCAAAUCACAUGUUUCGUCAGUUUACUCGCGUUGGACACGGCGCGUCAAGCCGACAAUCGCUUGGAUGUGCUGUUCUUCCUGAGGGGUUCGAAAAAGGAUAUUCCCGCUAAUGCCACCAACAAAGAGGGGGUGCUGUAUAAAUUUUUCAAAAGCAUCUAUGUGCCUUUCAUAAUGCAAAAACCCAUCCGUGUCAUCGUGAUGAUCAUAUUCUUCGGCUGGUUGUGCAGUAGCAUUGCGGUUGCACCACACAUCGAUAUUGGUCUGGAUCAAGAACUGUCCAUGCCCGCGGAUAGCUUUGUACUCAAAUAUUUCCGCUAUCUUGGUCAGUAUCUGAGCAUUGGACCGCCGAUGUAUUUCGUCGUCAAGAAUGGUUUGAAUUAUUCGAAAGCAUACGAUCAAAACUUAAUAUGCGGUGGGCAGCACUGUAAUUUGGACAGCUUGUCAACGCAGGUUUACAUUGCGAGCAGGCGACCCGAGGAAAGCUACAUCGCCCGGCCUGCUGCCUCGUGGUUGGAUGAUUAUAUCGACUGGUCCGGUGCUGAGUCGUGUUGUAAGCAGCAACCAAAUGGAACGUUUUGUCCACAUGAAUUCACCUGCGACAAGUGUAACAUCAACCUGACAUCGCUGAACCGACCAAACGAAACCAGUUUCCGCCGCUAUGUGUCCUUCUUCCUGCAAGACAAUCCUGACGAGAAUUGCGCCAAAGCGGGUCACGCUGCGUACGGCAAUGCGGUUAAUCUCAAAACCGCGCCGAACAGCAUGUACAGUGACGUUGGGGCUUCGUAUUUCAUGGCUUACCAUACGAUCCUGAAAACAUCGUCCGAUUACUAUGAAGCGAUGAGAUCGGCCAGGAAAGUGUCGGCAAACAUCACCAGUACAAUCCAUGCCCAACUGCGGCUGGACGGCAGAAGCGAAGUGGACGUACAGCAGGUAGAUGUGUUCCCCUACUCGGUAUUUUACGUAUUCUACGAACAGUAUUUGACCAUGUGGCCAGACACGCUUAAAAGCAUGGGCAUAUCGGUGUUGGCGAUCUUCAUCGUGACGUACCUGCUCAUGGGUUUCGACAUCCACUCGUCGCUAGUGGUUGUCAUUACGAUAACCAUGAUCGUGAUCAACAUAGGCGGCCUGAUGUUCCACUGGAAUAUUUCCCUUAACGCCGUUUCGUUGGUGAACUUGGUGAUGGCGGUUGGUAUCAGUGUGGAAUUCUGCUCCCACCUUGUGCACAGCUUCUCGGUAUCUACGGAGGAAACACGCGAAAAGAGAGCAGCCGAUGCGCUCACCAAGAUGGGCAGCUCGGUUUUCUCCGGUAUUACGUUGACCAAAUUCGGUGGCAUUCUGGUGCUUGGGUUCGCCAAGAGUCAGAUCUUCCAAGUGUUCUACUUCAGGAUGUAUCUCGGCAUUGUACUGUACGGUGCCGCCCAUGGGCUCGUGUUUCUGCCUGUGCUGCUGAGCUAUAUCGGUGCGCCCAUCAACAAGGCGAAGCUCGCCUACCACCGGCGGCAAGCGAUGCAGGACACUCAGGAAACAUCACUCUCAACCCGCUGGGAUGAUCGAAUCUUUGUGUUUGACCAAAUAGAGGCCGAUGUCCACGGCGUGAUGUACCGAAGAAGACGUUCCAUCGACAACGUCACUCCCCGCGACACCACCAACCAUGAGAUUGAGAACGAUGAUGAUGACGAAGAUGAGGACCACCCGGACCGCCACCAGUACCCGCACCAGCGACGAGAACAGUACCAAGGCCCUGACGGCCAGCAGUCGUAUUCCGGUCCCCACGGAUCACACCACCUCCACCACCCCCAGCAGCAGCAGCAGUACGACACGCGAGUCAUCGUCCAUCCGGAAGCGUAUACAGAACAACUUACCGAACCUCUUUUGCAACCAUCAACCAGCCAGCACGGCGCCCCGUACAGAUCUGUGAACGCGUCGUCGUCUCCGGAACGGAGAAGGAAGGCCACAGCCGCAACGAUCGACGACGAUAACGAUAAACAUGUGAUUCUCGAUGACAAAUCAGUGGAAGCGAACAUCGACUAAAUUGCAGGCCAUCCUGCUUUCAGCGAUAACUAGAGAAAUGUAAUUGGAUUGAUUGACUGAUUCAUGAUUUCAUCUCUCGUCAUUCAGCCACUCCCACUUUUCGCCUUUUUGUUGUUGUAUAAAGAAGAUCACCAUUACUCUGAAGUGUGUCAUUUUUAUUACGCCACGCAAGCGGAUCUAUAUUUGAUACCAGAGUGAGCAAAAGGUAGGAUGACAUUUACAGACUCUGAAGAAAUAUUUUUUACCGUAUCCUGAUCGAUCGUAAGAAACAAAACAAAAAUAGAGGUGUUUUAUGGAAACUUGGGUAACACGAGAAGAAGGAAACAUAGUCUUAUGAGUAAAACCUAGCCGCGAAGCGCCAAUGGAACCACUCAAACCUGAUUGAGUAAAUGCUGGCGAAAAAGUAGAAUGGAUAGGAUGCAGGUUACGAGGUAAAUGUAAUUAGUAGAAACCGUAUGAAAAAAUAUAUAAAUGCUGAAAUGUUUAGGAAGAAAAGAAAAAAAGGCUAGUUUUUAGUUUUGUAAGAAAGCAGAAUAACUAUAUCUGGAUGUUACUGGUUAUUGAGGAAUGAGAGACGAUUUUUGCAGACGAAAAGUGUUUGAAGAAAAAAACAUCUGGUGUAUGGGGUAAUGUGCUGUUCCUUUCACGUUUCCAGUCUCGAAAAACCUGGGGUGGUUUGAUGGUUUAAUGAUGCAUAGUAUUAGGUUCCUGCGUGUAUUGUGAGUGAGGAGGUAUCUUGUGCGUGGAAUAUAUGAGAUAGAUGAUUGUCUAGCAAACGGCUCGAAUUAGUAAGUGACGUGCCGUUAUUAUCUGUUGACUUGUAUAACAAUAUCACUAAACAUUAUCGUUUCCCACGAAUAUCAGCAAAACUUGGUACAUGUACUUACACGUUCGCAUGAUUUUACGUGGCGUGAAGUACGCUUUUAGUGCCUAACAACUGUCAAUAUAUCAAUUCGAAAACAAAGAACUUUUUUUGAUGUACGAAAGACUAAAAAACGCGAAAACACUUAUUCUACAAUGGUACAUUGUUACAUAUUAUUGAUUCUAACGAUUUCGGUUCGAAAGACGGGUCGAAUAAAGAAUGAUUUUAAUCAUAUCGUGAUGUACCCAUAUACCAGUCACCUAAGACAAUGUACUCUAAAAAUCACUGUUUGUGCGCACAUGAUAUUCCUAACCUAACUGACGAGUGCAAUGAAAAUGUGUCAUUCAAUUUUCAAGCUUGUGAUUUUGAUCGUUUGAACAACAUACGAGGGCAGUCCGAUAACUACAUAGCAUGCAAAAAAAAAUGGAAGAAUGGCGAUUCAUUUCGCAACAUAGUCUUCUUUCAGCUCAAUACACUUGACCCAAUGAUGCUGCAACUUCCUUAAUCCAUCUGAAAAAUAUGUUUUCUCAAGGUCUGCAAAGUAGGCCUCCUCAUUCGAUUUGAAUUCCUGCCCGGCGAGUGAUUUUUUCAAGUUUGGAAACAAAAAAAAAGUCGCACGGGGCCAAAUCUGGAGAAUGCGGUGGAUGGGGCAGCAGCUCGUAGUGCAAUUCGAUCGCUUUCUCAUGCCCAAAAUGUCAUGCAGAAUAUGACCCACGCGAUCUGUUGAGAUGCCUACAAUUUUUGACGGUCGCCAUCGAAGGAGAAGUGUCACCAUAUACAGCAUCCAAGCGCUCUUUGAUUACGCUGCACGAUUUCCCUUCCAAAAACAAGAAUCGAAUCACCGAGCGAUAUUGCUCUUUUUCGAUUUCUCUAAAUUCCGCGAACACGCCCGCUUCCACACACAAUCAAAACAAAACUACGAGUCCGAUUCGGCUGAAAUUUUGACAGUAACCGUUUACGAGAAUGUACUACUUGUGGUAUGCCAUUUUGUAGGUCUCUUGAUGAGGACCAUGUUCCUUUGCAGAAGACCUUGAUUUUCCUAUCCGUUUAGAAAUCUUGAACGAACCUCAGGAUUCGUCCGUCAAAUCUCCAUGAUUUUUUUUUUUUUUUUAGAAUUGGUAACCUUCAUGGUCCAUCGAAGGCCUUUAAUAAGUCUAGCGAGACCAUAUCCAAAUGGGCGUUUUGCCUAGCGGCUGUAUCUAUUAUGCUUUCAACGUGGUCUAGAUCAAUGUUCAAACUUUUGCCCUUUCUGAAAGCGUGUCGUCUUUUAUUCAAUAGGUUGUUAUAUUCUAAUUCAUCGAUAAGUCUUCUGUUGACCAUUCUCUCUAGUGUUUUACCCACACAACUGAGAAGGGUGAUCAGUCUAUAGCCGUCAAUGUCCACGGAGUUACUCACCCCUAUUCUGUAUUUCAAUCGAUUCGAAAUAUUUCGAUCGACUUGAUAAAAUUCCAUUCUGUAUUCCGUUCGAGUUGUUUUUGCAUUUCGUUUGAUUUGUUUCUCUUCGUACAUUAAAUGGGAAAAACGUUCGAAAUAGGGAAAGCGAAAUUAUAACUCGAACGAAAAAUAAUGGUUUCGAACGUAAUGCUAAUCCUGCGGAAUGAAAAAUUUGGGUGACUAUUUGAUUUGGGAAUAGGUUUAGGUACUUCGUUUACAUUGCCUUUAACGGGGAAAUAUUGCAAUAGUGGAUAUAUUCAUUCCUAUUCUGUAUUUCGAUCGACUUGAUAACAUUCCUUUCUGUAUUCCGUUCGAGUUGUUUUUGUAUUUCCUUCGAAUUGCCUCUUUUCGAGCAUCAAAUGGGCAAAACGUUCGAAAUGGGGGAUGCAAAAUGAUAGCUCGAGCGAAUGCAAAAUUAUAUUAUAUCGUCUUCUCCCAAAGACUUCCCUGUGGCACUUGCUAAAACAGGAAACAGGGCGUUGCUAAACGCCCGAAUUCUAUUGCUCAUAUUCGCAAUUUUGCAAUUUUUCGUUUUGCACGUAUACACAAAAAUAAUUUAUUAAAACAAAUAAGUUAUCUAGUGUGAAAUACAGUAUCUUAUGUCAUGUGGGCGGAAUUAUGCACUGGUUGGUAUAAGGGAGCAUCACGGUAUCCGAAACGACACCUGGUAGAGAAAAAAACAUUCUGAAUUAUUCUUCAGGCGUUUGUUUUUUUUUAAAUCUUGACUCAAUCACCUCAUAGCAAGUUCCAAUCGUCGUCAUCACAAUCGUUCGUUCAAAUCAGUAUGCAGAUGUGUUUUGAGUGCGUGGGUGGGUGACGAACGUUACUAAAAGUAACGAGAAAAAUUCCUACAACAAUAUCGAUAUUAGGUUAAAAUAUCAGAAGAAAAAGAUUUGCAGGCUUUCCGUGUCCGACCAAAUGAAGCAAACUAAGUGUACUAUUUCUAAGCGAACAAAAAAAACGGAAAGGUAUUUUCCUAUGACUUUUAGUAAUCAAGAUAAAUAUAUCGAUAGACAAGGAUAUUAUAGUGAUAAUAGGUGUCUAGGUUGAUUUUCGAUAUUUAUCUGACAAACACGGCUCCGCAUUAGUCUAAGUUUUAUCAUUUAGUAGAUUGUAUGAUAAUUUUCUGAAAAUCAUUUCACGGGAACUUUAUUUUAAAUCUAAAACAAAACCAUGAUCAACAUUUUCGUGACAUAAAUGUCCGCUAAAGAAUGGUGCCAAAGAAACGAAAAAAUAAGUUAUUUCUAUGGUACAACGAACGAAACGAAGAUCAUAAUGCCGAUGCGGUUCCCGGAAUAAAUCGCCACAGAAAACGACUGCAACAGAAACCACCGCUUAUAAAAUGUGUAGUAGGCUAUAAAUAUUGUGGCGCGGUAUUGUAUUUCAAAACAAGAAUUAACCGGGCAAACGUAUCGCCCCAGGCAAACGUAACGCCCCGGGCAGACGUAUACCGUCCGACGCUCGCUAGAGCUCGGUCGGACAUUGCUAAAGGAUCGUAUCCUAUGUUUCAAACUAACCGGGCAAUCAGUGGAUCCCAGGUUUGCGUGCGAGACACCGCCGCUUCCGACGGCGGGUCGGCGGUGGACUCGGAUUGCGUCAUCUUGGCGGCAUGGGCCGCCUCGAUUCCUUAUCCUCGCCAAAUGGGGACUUCGUCCCCAUUACAUUGUCCUCAGAAUAAAUUUCGAAAAACGAGAACAAGAGAAUAAAUUUAUAAUAGAAAUGUGAGGCACAUGAUGUUUUUCCCGCGCCAAAUAUUUCUAGCCUACUACACUUUUUCUAAGCGGUUGUUUCUGUUGCAGUUGUUUACUGUGGCGAUUUAUUCCGGUCACCUGCCGAUGCAGUCUUUCGAAGGUGUAGAACUUACAUUCAGUAAAUUUAAUGUUUUUCAAAAUCACAUUGGUGAUUUUUUCGAAACUGUUUUCGGUGGUCUAAACAUUGGGUCCGGUUCCCGUUUUUGUUUCUCAUAGCCCCGUGAAACCCUUCCUAUCCGUAGGUUUCGAACUCUGUUCAUAAUUCCAUUUGAAAAGUAUUUCUAAAUAAUAGGAUAUAUGUGUAUUUUUUUCAUCUAUGUUUUAUAAAUUCUCUUACAAAUUUGGAACAUACGCGCAUCAUCAUCUCGGUAGUGGAAUAUUAAAUUAAUCAUAUAGGCUAAUGUAUCUUCAACGAAAACAAAAGUUGUGUUCCGAAGGAAUUUCGUUACACAAACAGUGAUGGCUUUCAUUUAAUGACGAGGAAAUUUCUGCAACAUAUACGAGUGGGAAUAGAAAAAUAAACAAUUCCAAGGCUGAACGCGUUCAUACGUUUCAUUAUUUAUAGUCUUUUGCUAGGGUUUAUGAGUCACUCUGAUUGAUAGGAAAAAAAAUGUUAAAGUUUGAAGACUAUUGUGAAAGUAAUAAAAUGAUGAUGGUAUAUCGUGUGAGAAUGAUGCUCUUAGGAAUAGAAUGCUUCGUUAGGGAAAUCUAUGAUAUGAUGAUAGCAAUCUUAUGCAAAUUUUGAUUUCGCAGUUUAGCUUUAAAGUUUCAACUUUCUGUCCCUGUUGAAAACAUCUUAUGAACUCUCUGGUGUUCCACCAACCCAAAACCGAGCUUCUGUAAGAAUCUUUGCAUAUUCUAAUCAACCUGAUACACAUUGACUCGUUGGAACAAAGGAAAAUGGGAAUGUUACGAAACAACUGUUGUAAUAAUUCAUCGUGAAGAAGGCACGUUGGUUUCUACGUCGCUUUUCAACAUAUUAUAUUUAGGCAAAUAAGAAUCUGGGAUCUGUUCCACAUGCUAUUGUAUCGAAACGAACGUCGAAGGGUGACCUGAGAGAAGAGAACUCUUUAUCUGUCUUGUAUAAUGUUGUAUUAUAUCAC